AUGGCUGACGGCUGCUGCAGUAUCUGUCUCGACGAACUCAAGGAUCCCGUCUCCAUCCCCUGCGGGCAUCUGCACUGCGAGAAAUGUCUCAUCGCGCAUGUCGAAGCAAAUGGUGACGCUAUGAAGGCCUUGUGCCCGACUUGCCGCGCCGAGUUUACAAUUGCGAACCCCGACCUUCGUUUCGUUCCAGCAAAAUACCAUGAAUACAUAAUUCCAAGUGUUCGACGUAUCUUCCUCGACGAGCCCCAAUCUGCCACUCAACUCAAGCAAGCAAACGCCCGUCUCGAAGAACGCGUCAGGGCUCUCGAGCGCGACAAAGCAUUGCUGAUGGAGCGUUGCGAGUCGUCGAUGGCCGCAUCUAAGAGACAUGCCGAAGGAGAGAGAGACGCGCGAAGGGCGAGUGAGAAGCUGAAAGGCGACGUUGUGGACUUGCAGCAGAAGUAUGAAGAGCUGAAGCUGAAGUACAAGACAUUGAAGAGCUCGCAAGCGGCCAGCAGCUCGAGCCUUGCCUCCAAACGAAACAGAAGCCAAGCCGGUCUGGAUAGCCCGAGCUCGGACAGCGACCCCGUGACAUCCCCAUCGCGCCGCUACGUACUCGAAUGGUUUCAGGGAGAGCAAGCGGUACUUGGGUCAAAGCGUGACAGCAGGUCUAUUACCGAGAGACGCACGACCCGCACCGCAAAGCGACCGCGUGUAACGCUCGGCUCGCCCUUCAAAACACCGGUACAGCAGACAAACGAAUCUGCAUCGGGACAAAACGCACCCAAUCCCGAUUCCCCUGAACGGCUCAGGCCUCGUGUUGGUCCCCGGCCUCGCUAUCUGUUUUCAGGCGCAGGUCACCGCCUUCAUAGUGACUUUAACGUUCCUAUCUCGUCUAGUCGCAGAGCAGGGCGGUCAAGCUCAGCUAUUGACGAUCCGUCGGGCUUGCUUGGUGACCCGAGGAUAGACGACCUCGGGAAUGGGAUUGAGUCGGAUCCGACUCUGGCGUAUUUCUGA